AUGAGCGUGAACGAGAAGGAGGCGAAAGCCCCCAAGGCACCCGUCGCCAUCCCCGCCGGCCACCCCCGAGCAGGGCUGCCAGUGUAUAAAUGGAAGCUGAUGCUGGUUGCUGGAGCUCUUCUUUCUGGCAUCAAUGGCUACGAUGUUUCCAACGUCGCCAACACGCAGGUGGCCAUCUAUGAGGCCUUUGGCCGGAUCGAGCUGCUGCCAUGGGUAUCUCUGGCGUACUCGCUGGUCAAUGCCGCGUGCAUCCCGCUGUUCCGUCAAUUCACGCACAUCUUCGAGCUCAAGAUGCUGUCCCUCGUUGCGAUAGUGCUUGUCAUGGCCUCUGCCGUGCUCACAGGCGCCGCUCCGAACAUCGAAGCCAUCAUUGUCGGCCGCGCUCUGCUGGGCGUAGGUGGUUCCCUUUCGUACCAGGUCAUCUUGACAUACAAUGUCAUCUUUGCUUUGCCUGCCGAGCUCGGCAUCGUCCAGGCCAUGGUCGGCGCCUGCUUUGCCAUCGGCCUGCUGACGGGGCCCUUGAUCGGAGGCGCCUUUACCGAGAAUCCACACGCUACCUGGCGCUGGGCUUUCUACAUUGUCGUCGUCAUGGGUGCGGUGGCUCUCGGCAUCAACAUUGCCGCUUACCCACGCUUCAAGAUACCCAGUCCCAAGUCGACGUCGACGCACCUGCGCGAGAUUGACUGGCUCGGCUGCGUCCUGCACAUGGCCACCCUCGUCCUGUUGGGCUUUGCCUGCAUUGGCGGCGGCACCACCUGGCCAUGGGGCUCCAGAUCUUCUAUUGCCAUCUAUGUCGUCUUUGGACUCGUGCUCGUUGCCUAUGUGGCCCAGCAGACCUUCAGCCUGGGGACCACUCCGGAGCGCCGAAUCCUCCCCAUCACGGCCCUUACCACCAAGCCCGUCGUCCUCCUCGUCACGAUCUGCAGCAUCUGCGCCGCCAUGAGUUACGGCGUCACGCUCUACUACACGCCUCUCUAUUUCGCCUUUACGCGCGGCGAAAGCCCCGUCUCGGCCGCCGUCCGCCUCCUGCCAUUCAUCGGCCCCUUCAUCGUCAUGAUCUUCAUCGCCGGUGGCCUGCUGCCCAGGAUCCGCUACUACAUGGUCUUUUAUGUCACCGGCUCGGUCCUGCUCGUCCUCGGCAGCGGCCUGUGGCAGCUCGUCCGCCCAGACACCUCCGAGUCCCAGGUCCUCGGCUUCGAGGCACUCAUCGGUCUAGGCUGCGGUCUCAUCUGGUCGCUCGGCAUGCCCAUUGCCUCGGUCCUCCUGCCCAAGUCGAUGAGCUUCGAUGCCGCCAUGCUGUACAACAUGUCCCAGCUCGGCGCUGUCGGCGUCGCCCUGGCCAUCGCCGGAGCCGUCUAUCAGAACGUCGGCCGCCAGCUCGUCGGCGAAGCCUUCACCGACCACGAGUACCUCGAGCUGUUGACCGGGGUCAACUCGGGCCUGCUCGAGCGGGCUUCGGCCAACCCGGCCCUGGCUUUGGUCGUCGUCGAGGCCGUGACGGCCGUCAUCGUGCGCCUCUUCUGGAUCGUCUUCGCCGCCGGCCUGCUGUCCCUCGCCUGCGGCGCUCUGAUGAAGUUCGAGGCCCUCGACUUUGUCCCUCGCGGCGGCGAGACGGGGAAGCCGGUGCUCGACGGAGCCGCAGCAGAGGCUGCCGUUGCUGAGGCUGGCACCAACGGUGACGCUGCCCCCGCGCGCAAGGAGUCUGGCUAUGACACCGCCGACCGCUAG